GGUAGGAAGCCGGAAGCAGUCGCGGCCCCAGCUCAGGAGACAUGGCGGGCAUUAAAGCAACACUAGAUGACCAAGACAGAUUUUGGUACCGAGAGAGUGGGGUGCUGCUCUAACAGAUACCUAAUACGUGGAAGUGGUUUUAAAACUGAAUGAAUAGAGGAGCAGCAGCGACAGAGGGCCAGCAGCAACAGAGAACCUGCAGCAGCAGAGAGGAGGCAGUGAGAGAACCAACAGCAGCAGAACCAGGAGACCAGUGCCAGACAACCCUAGAGCUGACCCAUGGAGUGAGAGAGCUGAGUGCCUGUGCCCAGGAGGCUUCCUGGCAGAGUAGGGUGCCUCCUGGCACUUAUGGGUGGAGCUAGGCUUGCUGACCCAAGGAGCGAGAAAGCUGAGUACCUGUGCGCAGGAGGCUUCCCGGGAGUGGGGUGCUUCCGGGCACUUAUUGGUGGAGCUACAGAGUUUUGGAACACUUGCCCCAGCCGGGCAGAUGCGGGCGUGAGGCUCCAGGAGCCAAGAAACCAGGAAGCAGAAGCUGAAGAGACAACACAAGAAGCCAAGCUGCUUCAGUCUCAAAGCUCUUGUGGCAUUAUCCUUCAGUGGGGCAAUUGGGUUGACUUUUCUUAUGCUGGGAUGUGCUUUAGAGGAUUAUGGCGUGUACUGGCCCUUGUUCGUCCUGAUAUUUCACGUCAUUUCCCCCAUUCCUCACUUUAUUGCCAAGAGAGCAACAUAUGACUCUGAUGCAACAAGUAGUGCCUGUCGGGAACUGGCGUAUUUCUUCACUACUGGAAUUGUUGUUUCUGCCUUUGGAUUUCCUGUUAUUCUUGCUCGUGUGGCCGUGAUCAAAUGGGGAGCUUGUGGCCUUGUGCUGGCAGGCAAUGCAGUCAUUUUCCUUACGAUUCAAGGCUUUUUCCUUGUAUUUGGAAGAGGAGAUGAUUUUAGCUGGGAGCAGUGGUAGCACUUUUUCUGAUAUAAUGCAUUGAAUUUCUUAUAAUUCAUAUUCUAUAUAUAUGUGUACACACAUGGCAUCUUACUAUGAAAUUUAAUAUGCUGUUUUUUGAUACCUUUAUAUCGUGUUCAUUUUAAAGAGGACUAAAUGUGUAAAAGAUAAGUUUUAUUCCCAGAAAAUAAAACCAAUGCCAUUGAGUCAAUUCCAACUCAUAGAGACCCUAUAGGAUAGAGUAGAACUGCCCCGUAGGGUUUCCAAGGCUGUAAUCUUUACGGAAGCAGACUGCCACAUCUUUCUCCCUUGGAGCGGCUUAUGGGCUCAAACUGCCGACCUUUUGGUUAGCAGCCGAGCGCUUAACUGGUCUACCACCAGGGCUUUUUCCCAGCAAAUAGACCUUCUACUUACUUGAAGUGAAUUAUGUUACUGUAUUUUUUUUACAAGUAAUGUGCCCACACAUACAAUGCUCAACAUAAACCCAUUGCUGUCAAGUUGAUUCCAACUCAUAGCAACCCUAUAGGAGGACAGAGUGGAACUGCCCCAUAGAGUUUCCAAGUGGUGCGUGGUGGAUUUGAAUGGCUGACUUUUUGGUUAGCAGCUGUAACAAUUAACCACUAUACCAUUAGGGUUUCCGUGCUUAGCAUAAAAAAAAAAAAAAAAAAAACCCAGUGCCAUCCAGUGAAUUCUGACUCAUAGCGACCCUAUAGGACAGAGUAGAACUGCCUCAAAGAGUUUAUAAGGAGCGCCUGGCAGAUUCGAACUGCUGACCUCUUGGUUAGCAGCUGUAGCACUUAAACACUACGCCACCAGGGUUUCCAAGCUUAGCGUAGUGUGCUUAAGGGGUUUGUGCGGUUGGUAAAAAAAUGUAUAACGUGAGUUAUUUGCAUGAAAAUAUGGUACUUAUUUGCCCAUUCAUAAGUCACUGUGGUCUCUGAAAGUGCAUUAACCUAGCGUGUGGUAGGCGGCUGCUCACUUAAGCAGUACAUCUAUACUUUUUGUCUGAGGAUGUGCUUGGCUGGGCAGGUAACACUGGAGCAGGUCUUAGUUCUGUUUAGCACUUCCAAGAUAUGUUUAUGGCCCAGAAAGACAGAAGUGGCCCUUGCUGUCUGCUGUAGACUCUUGCUUCUCAAAGGUGCCGUCCAUGGACCAAGAGCAUUGGCAUCUCCUAGGAGCUUAUUGGAAAUGCAGAAUCUGAGGCCCCAUCUCGGACCACUGCAUGUUGAUGAGAUCCCAGGUGAAUCGUAAGCACAGUAAAGUUUAAGAAGCUCUGUGAUAAAGGAGUUGUCCCUAGGUGACUCAGACUGUUAAGCACUUGGCUACUCUCCAAAAGAUUGGUAGUUCAAAUUCACCCAGAUAUGCCUUGGAAGAAAUGCCUGGCAAUUUACUUUGAACGAUCACAGCCAUUGAAAACCCUUGUGGAGCACAGUUCUACUCUUACACACAUGGGGUCACCAUGAGUCAAAUUGAUGGCAACUGGUUUGAAUUUUUGGUAUCAUAGAGGACCAUACUCUGGUAUUUGCCAGAUGUUCGAACAUAUAACAUGGUCUCUUCCUCAAAAUUGUGAAAAGGGUUCUAAGUAAGGAAUACAUACGCCGUCUGAAAGGAGUGGCUGUUUUCACAGUGCAGGGGACGGGGCCAGGGUGACCAGAGACAGCGCCAGUGGAAUGCGGGGCAGGGAGGAGGAGCUGGAACCUGUCCCUGCUUCUGCAAGAACAGGGAAGAAUAGAUAGAUAUGUAAUAUUAUGUGAUUUUACUAUUUAAUCUGGUACUCCUCCCUAGUUCCUUCUCUGAUCCACCCCUCCUGAUUUCACAGCAGUUCUGAUGCACCCUUACUUCUUAAUGACUCUGGCUUCUUCCAGUGGAGACAUGGGAGCCAAGUAGGCAAGCAGAGGGUGAACUGCUUCAUUUUAUCUACAUAUUGGUAUACUCCUUGUCUUUCACGUCCUGUAGGAGUUUUAUUUUUUAUAACUUUAUGCCACCUUUAAAUGAAUCGUUGGGAAUACAUUUCAUGUUGAACCCUGUGAUCACAGUUUUUCUAGCUCAGCUAACUUUUUGUCCAAGACCUAUCGAGGAAAGGAAAUAUGGGAAAUAGAGCCACGUGAUCGGAAUGAUCAGUGGUUUUUAAACAUUACCAGUGUAUGAUAACUGGCAUACAUGCAAAACACUUACAGACCUUGAGGUUUGCAGUCUGAAUAAUUAAUUAACUCAGCCUUCGUAUUCCGGUAUGAUGCUGGGACCAGGAAAAGAUAAAUGCAGUACCUAAAAA